CUAGAAACCGAUUAGGCGUCACCACUCCAGGCUGCAAAUUCAUGAGUGCGCUUUUCUCACCGGAGACCGUCCCGUCCCGUGAAGAGGAGGCAAACAGCCGCCGUGCCGCUCGAUGGGGACUCGAAUAUGAAGGACAUUGAUGCGGAUGUCUUUGUCCAUCAGUCUGGGUGGAGUAUAUUCGCGGUGUAGUGGAGCUGGACGCGCCGACCUGAAACACAUCGCUGCUGCGCUGGUAGUGUUGUUGUUAACCCAGCAGCGGCCAACAUGGCUGAGGAUGACAGUGAAUGGGUUGUAGAGAGCAUCGUGGGCUACCUGGGAAGUCCCGAGUGGGUCAUUCCUGUCACGGACUUUAUGGAAAACAAAUGCACAGUUUUUGAUGACGAAGAUGAAAACAAGUUGUCAUACACAGAGAUCCACCAGCAGUACAAGAAACUGGUGGAGAAUCUGCUGGAGAAUUACAUGCAGGAGGUUGGCAUCAACGAGCAGCAGUUUCUGGAUGCAUGCACCUCUCCCUUUGCCAAGUCCAAAACACUGCAGUCGGUGUUCCAGCCAGUUCUGGCUACAGAUGACUUCCAGAUAUUUCGCUCACUGAUGGUCCAGAAGAACAUGGAGCUGCAGCUUCAAGCCCUCAGAGUCAUUAAAGAAAGGAACGGGGCCCUCCCCGAGUGUCUGACUGAUGGCAUGGACGUGAUGUCAGAGCUGCAGGAGCAAGAGAUGAAAAUCCUGCAGGAGGUUCUCAAAAAGUCAAAAGAGGAGUAUGAUGAGGAAUUGUCCAGGAGGCUGCUAUUAGAGGAAGCGGUUGGCUCUACCUCCAGCAGCUGCUCUGAUAAGCCAAUGACAGAAGGCAGUGAAGCCCAGAAUACCACCUCUGCUCCCAGCCAACAAAGCAUCACUGCCAAGGUCAAUGGCAAAGCAGUCACAAAAGAAGAGAGCAAAACAGCUGCCCCGGGAGGUGGAAGUGCAGCUAAGAGCAGCUCCACACCUAAACCAACACCAGAUUGUGGCAGUAACGGUGUGGCGUCCAGAGCCCUUCCAGCAGUGAGAGCUCCAGUAAAGUCCAGUGAGCCCUCCGUCAGCCUCAGUCCUGACACCAAGGAGCAGAGGAGCAGCAUCCAGACUGCAGCCGAGGCGUGGCUGGAGGAGGCACACAGGGAGGCUGGCUUCUCUAAGCCAUUUACAGAGUUGUCAGCGUCUCAGCAGGAGCAGCUCCAGCAGAGGGCGGCAUAUCUGCGUCAGCAGCGAGACAAGCUACAUGCACUGAAGAAAGAGCAGCAGAAAACCAAGCACACAACCACGCCAGUGGAGGCACCCACCACCACCCCCAACCCCACCACCACCCCGGAGAUAUCUGCCGAGGAGAGGAAGAAGCUACAGAAGAGAAAACAUCUGGCUGACAAACUGAAAGAGGAAGUGAUCAAGAAAUGACGUCGCCCUCUGACUGCAAUAAUAUUCUCACUCCUAUCCUGUUUACUGCGUUAAUCAAACACAUGGCUUCCUUUACACUGCGUCCUAAUUCACUUUGCGUAACACAGUUCAGGGUUUUUUCCAAAGAAACAAAAACGUAAGAUCUUCCUUCUUUCAAAGUUCUUUUCAUUGCUGUCUACAGAGGAAGAAGGUGCAUCUUUUUUAUAUAUAUAUUUUGGAUGUACGAGUAUGUGGCAGUCUCCGCUUGUAAGAGUGCACCCAAGUUUUCUAGCAUCUGUUUGACUCAAAAAAGUUCAGAAAAUAUCUGGUAAACUGAAAAGCACUCGGACCAGUCAGGGGAUAUGUUGCCAGUGUUACUAGACUCGAGUGGAGAACACAGAUGGCUUUUACUUUACAUCACUAGAUACACCUGGGCUGUGUCCAAAGAGCUCCUGAUUUGUUACUGGGUGCACUACAGUUACGGUGCAUUUCAAUAACCAUACCACUUAAAAAAUAAUAUUUAGUAAUUCCCAAUACAUACUAUGUCUUUGAAGAAGAAUAAGGGCCAUGUUAUGUUCCAUUUGUUCUUUUAACCUGAGCAUUUGUCCGUUUGUCUUGUAGGUUUACGACUUUAUUCUAGCCAAAUUCCAACUUUUUUCUCAUAGAUUUAUGACUCUGUUCUCAAACUCUAUGGUCGUUUUGUUUUUUUAAAUGGCCCUAA